UCGAGAUGUUUGGAUGCAGAUAAAGAAACGUGUCGGGUAUAUUGUUAAUUUAUUUCAUUUAUUAUGUGUAAUCGAAAAUGAAUAGUCUUGGUUUAAGCUUAAUUUUAAAGAUGGGCUGCAUAUGCUCUAAGGAAACUAUCACGGUAAAUUCAAGGAAUUAUACAGUUCGUGAACAUCUUGGAGAAGGAGGAUUCAGCACUGUACUUUUGGCUGAAGAUGCAGAGACACACAAAAAGUAUGCUAUUAAGAAGAUCAUUUGUCACGGUCUGGAAGACCAGAGGUUAGCAGCAAAGGAAAUAGAGUACCACAAUCUUGUGAAGCAUCCAAAUGUAAUAGAAUGUGUUGAUUCUACUUAUAAAGGAACAGCAGAUCCAAUUGUUAAUGCUACCAGUGAAGUAUUAAUUGUUCUACCUUAUUAUCAUAGAGGUACACUUGCAAACGAAUUAGAAAGACGAGCUAAAACCAAUGAUUAUAUAAGUGCAAUAGAGAUUUUAAAUAUUUUUUUACAAAUAUGCGAAGGUGUAAAAGCAUUUCACGAAACAAAACCAGAUCCUCUUGCUCACAGAGAUCUGAAGACUGCAAAUAUAGUCCUUGGCGAUGGAAGUACACCAAUCAUAAUGGACUUAGGGUCUGUUGCACCUGCCAGAGUCAAGGUUUGUGGUUCACAAGCAGCUCAAUUAUUGCAAGAUACAGCAGCAGAAAGAUGUUCGAUGCCAUACAGAGCACCAGAAUUAUUUAAUGUUGAAAGUUAUUGUAUGGUGGACGAACGAACAGAUAUUUGGUCUUUAGGAUGUAUACUCUAUGCACUCUGCUAUUUUAAAUCACCGUUCGAUGCUGUUUACGAAAGAGGAGAUAGCGUUGCUUUAGCUGUCAUGAGCGCCAACAUUACAUUCCCAGAAGAUGCACCAUACGACGAGGUUGAUAUGCAAAAUCUGAUUCUAUCAAUGUUAAAGGUAAAUCCAAUGGAACGUCCUUAUAUAUACAGUGUUAUAGAAAGUGUACAUGAUCUUAUUGCUAAAUUGGAGAACAGAGUAUAA